AAAUUAUAUUUCCAAGAAAAAUCUCUUGUGAUAAUGACAAUUAACAAAACUCAAAUUUAAGAGAAAAUUCCCCAAAUCUCUGACAAUUUUGCACAGGUCAUCGACAUGAUGAAUGAGUUACCAAAUAAAGAACGCAAUAUGAACCGUAUUAAAAGACAUUCUGCUGAUUUUUCAAAACAUGCAUCUUAUAAAUCUGCGGAUCAGGUUUGAUUGUGCUGGAAUAGCGAGACGUGCGCAGACUACGAUCGUCGAUUACUAUGCAUCUUGAGGCACGUGCGCGUCAUGACUCACAUUACGUCGAGUAACGCGCGUCCAUUCAAACAAGCCCGUCGCUUCGAGAGAUGAAUCACGCAGGCAGAUGAGUGAGGCGCAUCUCUCGUUCGAGCGCCUAAAGUCUCGAGAGAGACUCGAGUGGGAGAGACCAGACUGGCUUGACUGCUCCGCCAUGUUUCUUUGCGUUUAAACGUACUAAAGUCACACAUGCGGCCGAUCGAAGAUAAAAUAUUUUCGCCAAGUUCCACGUUGAAUUUCUCGCUGCAACGAGUUUUCAAUUGACACCGAGUCACCACCGAAUUUCAAAAUUGAGAAGCUAACGUUUUCGAAUUUGUAAAAAUUGAGUCUCACGUUAGGCUGCACAACGCGCGUCGCUCAUCCCGCCGUUCGACUGUGCAUGGCGACGGACAGUAUGUUCGGUGUCGAUAGCCAUCACUAGAGCAGGUAGCAUGCGCACCGCCUUGCCCAGAGAUCAGAGCUGCCGAGCAGUGGUCUCCGAAGCGUAAGAUGGCCGCGGUGACAGAUACGGGGUGCUGUCAACUCCGCCCGGGAGCCUAAGGCCUAAAUUCAGUGUCACGCGGCGAGUCCUUUCCGCGCCGCGCGUCGCGUCGUGUAAAUCACUGCGUUGCGUCGCGUUGCAUCGGGCCGCGUUGCGAUGCGCGAAUACGCGAGUCCACUGGGGACCGUCCGUCUGACAGAAACGCACCCAGGCAGCCCGAGAACGCACGUCACCUCGUAACCCGAAUAAUUCCCGUCUCCGACGUCGAGACUGGAGGCGAUAGUAGAGCAUAACUAUGGACUCGGUCAUGGAGGCGAUAGUAGAGCAUAACUAUGUGGCGCAAGAGGAUGACGAGUUGAUGCUGAAGAAGGGUGACAUCAUCACCGAGAUCAGGAUAAUGCCCGGUGGAUGGUGGCAGGGCACUUUGAGAGACAAACGUGGCAUGUUUCCCGAUAACUUUGUUAAGGUAUUGGAUCCUCCUUCGACCGCUAGCGGCAGUAACGGCAGCGAAACUGUAAGCAGCACAAAAUCUGAUGAGAGUGUCACUUUGAGGAACGGCUCCGGUAGACGUUUCUGCAAAGUCCUCUUCAGUUACGAACCUUGCAACGAGGAUGAGCUAACUUUGGUACCGCAAGACUCCAUAGAAUUCUUGGGAGAGGUAGAGGAGGGAUGGUGGAGAGGUCGCCUCAGAGGUAGAGUCGGUGUGUUUCCCUCAAACUUUGUUUCUGCCCUUGCACCCGAAGAACAAGAGAGGCACAAGGAGCGAGAUAAGAAGGAAAUGUAUAGAGUGCUAUUUCCCUAUGAGGCUGCUAACGAGGACGAGCUUACCCUGGUCGAGGGAGAUAUAAUCACCCUUUUAUCAAAGGAUGCACCAGACCAGGGUUGGUGGAAAGGAGAGCUCAAUGGACAGGUGGGCUUGUUCCCCGACAAUUUCGUCGAGCUGAUUGGUGCAAAAAAUGAAUCCCAGGAACAACCAGAAUCCCCGUGGCAAGAAAAAACGUUGCUAAGUGCAAAGUCGAGUAUCAGACAUUCCCAUCAAAUAAAAAAAGUCGAGAAGGCGCACGUUAGAAAAAGUCUGGAUACCAGGAAUGUGCAUUCGAGUAAUAUAUCAGAUCAUUUCCCCGCUAUAGACACCGCUAAGAAGGGCCUAUCUACGUUGUCAUCCACCUCAACGUCAUCGUCAUCGUUGACGGCUACCGGAAGCGGAAGCGGCGAUAAGAAGGCGGCCGGUGGCCAUUCGAUUAUAUCUAGCCUGAAGCGUCUCGUAAGUGACGUAGGGAAUAAUAACGGUAUCAGCAGCACGACGAGUGCCGCUUCGGAGUGUCGCGAGGAACUGGACGGCGUGGAACGAGGAGAAGGCACUCCGCUUUCGCAUUUGACAGCUUCUCGCGCGAGAGCACCUCGGCGACGUCCGCCUUCGUCGCAGCAUCUACGUCAUCACGCCUCUGGAUCCAACACAAAUGCACCCUCGACUCUACCGAGUGUUCCUACCACUUUCUUGGAAGAUAAUUUGUCUAAUGGACGCACUGAUACCACGUUGGAGCAGAUACCUGACGAAGAGACGGACGGGCUUGCGGCAAAAGCGAGGAGAAAAGCGCCAUGGGUCGAAGAAUUGAAGAUGAAUCAGAUGGAGAGGAGAAAAACCGCCACAGUAGAUCGAGUCGAUAAAGUGGAAGUCAAGAAGGAACGAAAUUUCUCUCGAUUGACACCAGGAAACGCUAUGGAUUCUGCUAACAAACCGGAUACCGAUAACGACGAUAGCAAACAGAAAGAAAAGAGCCCGAAAGCCGAAACGAGCCCCCACACUGAUUACAGUCCUAGUGCAUCUGGUCAACCGGCCUACGUCCCGUAUGCCCUCUACAGCAAAUUAUUGGAAAGGGUCGUCGCGUUAGAGGAGAAACAAGCAGUAUUGCAGGCGACAAUAGGACAGCUCUCCGAACAGAUCGUACCUCUUCUCGCAAACGCAUCGAUUAACAGCAAAGUAUAAUACGUAUCGGUGUUGAGACAGAAAAAUCAAUAGUACACUUAUCUGCCCGUACUACCACUGUGUUGUUUUCUCAUUACAACAGUAAUGAGAAAGAAACUAAUACUGCUGCUAGAAUAACGUUCAUCGCGCGCUAUUACUGUUGUUAUAUACACACACACACACACACACACACACACAUGAUGAAAUAUGUUCUUUUGUGACCUAUUUCUUCUAUUUAUUCACUUAGUAAUAUUUGUUUAUUGUUUGCUCCGUCGAGUACAGUAUUCGCGCGAUCCAGUUAAAAAACGUAACAUUCCAUACGACAUUCUUCAUCUGUAAAAGUAUUUACCUUUCACUUGAUUUCCGGUAAUUUAACAGAUCUCAUUGUGACCGCUAGAGUUUGUCACUCUCUCGAUAAUCGUGUGGCCGAUUUAUGUGUGCCGAGACAUUCGUGUAAUUUAAACUGCAUAACUUUUAUUUAAAACUCCCGACACAUAUCAGAAUUACGCGACGCAAAUCUUCAAUGUAUAUUUGCACAUAUUCUAGAUUGUUACGACAAAACUUCCCCGUUGUCAGUAUGUACGGAAAAUCUUGCGACGUAAAGUUCCAAAAAAGAGGAAAGAAAAAAAAGAAAAAAUAGCGCAAGUGUCCUUCCAGAUGGGUGCCUGUGCUUUUCUUGUACCAAUUUGCAUUUUAUCAAUUGUUUUAUGUUACUUAUUUACGUAUAUAUUUUAAUAGAAUUUACGAAAGAUUGCUAAUUAUCUUAAUUUUAUUAUUAGAAUACGGAGAAGGUAGAAAAAGUACUUAAAUUUUUAGUUUGAUAGAGAUAGAGCAUAAUAAUUAUGUGAUUCCUUUUUUUUGUCCAACGAACGCAGCUGCCUCGCGAUAACUGUGUGUGAUGAUUUGCUGUAGGUUUCUUCAGUAAUCUGAGUGCCAAUGUAUAAAGCAUUUUUGUUUAUUGCAUUUCCGUGAUGCCUCAUUCAACAAUAGUGAUAAGCGAUUCUCGUUGAUUUUUCACGAGUAACAUCACCAAACUACGGACAAAUACGAUUCGUACAAGUCUAAUUCGACGCGUCAGUCGAGCCAUUUAUUUUCACCCGAUUGUCGAAGCACAUUUCGUUCCGAUGCGGAAUGUCUUUGAAACGGUGCUAAUAACGCGAUAUGUGAUAUAUCGUAGCGUCACGUGGUUAUAUGAUACAUAUAGGAAUGAGGCACAGCGAGAGAGAAACGUUAAUGAAAAACUUUUGUUCAGUCCUAAAUAUGAAAGUAUCAUGAAGGGACGAUAAAGCUAAGAAUGCACUGUAGGCCGCUUUAAACAACAGAUUAGCAGCUUUAUUCGAUACAAUCGCGAAUCGUGUUGAAUGUAAAAAAAGUUUUUAUUUUUUUAUGAAAAUGGAAUUUUAAGUAAAACCUAAUGAAAAGAUUAUAGGGGAUAUCAUAUAUGGGAGGAAAUAUGAGACGCUAUUUAGUUUUUUAUAUCAGUAUUCCAUAAAAUAUAUUUAAUUAACUUUAACUAACAAUAGUGGACUGAAAGCUAUUUCCUCUAAUCAGAUUGAUAUAAAAGAGACUUUAUUUUUAUGCAGAUAUGCAUGUAUUAAAUAAUAUGUAUCUAUAUGUAUAUAUACAUAUACGAGUAUAUAUACAUAUGUAUUUUAUUCUCUCUCGUCUCCAUUAAUUUUUAGCAAUCAAUAGUUCCAUAUCGCAAAACCUGACAGGUUUAAAGAGCAGUAUAAAUAUCAUAUUUAUUCGAUAAUCGAAUGUGUAUAUGUUGGUCGAAUUAUCAAUAUAAUGCACAAUAAGGUUUGUGCAAAAAAAAACAAAAUAUAUUUUGGGGCGGCUCAAUCACUUAAUAAUGUCUUGCAAAUAUACUUUAACUGCAUAUGUUGACGUAUGUAGCCGUAAUAAAUUUUGCAAAAAGAAAUUUAUAUUUACGUAAAGUGGAAUAUCUUUUAUCAAAUUAAUUCCACUAAUAAUGUGUACAAUUGUUACCAAUUUCGUAUAUAGAGACAAAAUUAUAAUACAAGAAAAAAUGAAUUCUAUUUCAAACAUAAGUUUUCAUUUUGCGUGUAAUCCGUCCCCGAAAAUUAGAAAAAUAUACAAUUUUAUAAGUUUGCUUGAUCGUAAGGCUAUAAUAUUCGAAUAUAUGUACUUUGCACUAAUUAUAAAAUUGUGUAUUGGAUAGUUUAUACAUAAUUUUUCUUCUUUCUCAGAGAAGGUAUUCCUUUGAUACUGAUUUAUUAUCUUAAAGCAUACUUUUGUCGACACACGUAUGUUAUUUCGAAAAUAUAUCGCAAGGCAUCAUAAGAAUAGAACAGAGUUAAUUAACAAGCUGUAAUUAACUAAAUACAACGGCAUUUAACGACGGAAGUACCUCUUUAUAUUUGUAGAGUAAAUGAUUUUUGAAAAGCUUCUUUUUACAAUUCUCUACGAGAUUGUAUUAAUUUGCGUAAUGUGUACGUGUAAUAUAUUUAUUUUAACACAAACUCAAGGGCAACUAUCUUAAUCGGCAUCUAACACUGACUAUGCCUACAAAAGAAAGUUCAAAUAAACGAGACCACGUUCAGAUUCGUACAUCACCGUAAUCACGUCUUUUUAUACUUUUAUAUUUCUCUGCAGAUCAAAUCGUUUGAACGGAACAAUUUUUAAGUGAAUAUAAUAUGUUCACUCAAGUCAUAUAAUAGCUUCGGUUUACGAAUGCGACACUAUUAUGCACCUUCUUGCAAAUGUAACGCGUGACAAUAAUAGUUUUAAGCGAAUUCGGAAGACCAUUUGCUGGUUUUUUUUCCAUAAUUACGUUUGAAUUAAAAUUACUUUUAUAAUCAAGAUCAGUGAAAGCUCAAUUAAAAUAUUUUAUUGCAUUUUAUGUCUUUCGGAGAUACUUUUUAGAAUGUAAAGUUAUUUGUCAAGUAUUAGUUAGUCAUAGUUUCGCACCCCUACAGGUACAUCGUCUUCCCUUCUAAUAAUCUCUUGCGAUUUAAUCGUUAACACAAUCAUCCGACACUGCAAUCUUAACGUGACUACUUUGAACAAACAACGUAAAUGCAUUAAUUAAAUUAGAGCUGUACUUAUGAAUUUAUGACGCCUUUCCAUUCACCACCAAACUUCCAGAAUUUGUUCGAAACGAGUGUUUCCAGAACCAUUAAAAAAAAAAGUUAAACCGUAAAUAUAAUAAUGUUGAAUAUUACUUCUACGAAUGCAGUGAGAAUAUGCGAAAAAUCAUCGUAACGAAAUCUUAAUUCUAAAGGUAUCGCGUCCCAAAUAUUAUCCUAACGCCACAGUGGAUCGACAAAUUGUAAUCGAUCGUGUAUUAAUUGCGAUGUAACUAUCUCUCACACGCUUUCGAUCUAUCACUAUGUACGGCGCUACGACAAAUAAAUGUCGCCCAUGAGGUUGUAAGACUAAUGUAAUAGCAGACUUAUUUCCGAUUGUUGUUGUUCGACAUCGAAUCUUAUUGAGAGCAUUUUUAUAUCGUGCUAUAGCGAGUUAUCCUCGAUAAAUAUUCUGUCGGAAAAGCGUCGAAUGCGGCAGCACACAGCUGUUUGGCUGCAUAGUUGCUAAGUGAUAUCCCUGUAGAAAGCAUGCUCUAGAAUGUAAGGAGACUGGAGUUUACGACUCAAACGAUUUUUAAUGUUAUUAACGUUAGGCCUAUUAUGUACAUACAUAUACAUGUGUAAGCGCAGCGUGAUCGAGUGAGAGUUAUACAUAUAAAUAUAUUUUCCCCUCCUUUAUCAACGUGUCCAACCGUGCAUACGUCGAUUAACAAUCGUACCUGUAAAUAAAGCCAUCGGAGAGUAAAUCACUCUCUACAUACGCUGAAGUCCUGUAAUCCUACAUUAAAUCUCUAUACAUAUUUAA